AUGGGCCAGCAAGUAACUGGUGCCAAUGAUCUUGGUCUUAAUAUUGCCGUUGAAUCGCACGGGAGGUUUAUUGCGGUUUCUGAUUCCAACAAAAGAGUUCGAAUUAUGGCAUUUGGAUUAUCUGACGAUAACAGCCUUGCCAGUAUAAUAGAUUCAAGGCAGGACAUUCAAAGUAGACACACAAUUUCUAUUGGUGGUGGGGUGGUUCUAAACAUGGCAUUUUUAACGACUGGUUCGACGGCAUACAAUACUUCGACCUCCAUGUCCCCGAAAAUAGCCCCGGUGGCUUCACAGGGAGAUCCAAGGACUACUGGAGGCGAUGAUGUCUAUCUAGUGUUAUUGUAUGCCGUGUCAAGAAAGCUGAAACUGAAUAUGUAUAAGGUGCCUUAUGGCCAGAGGGAAUUCAGCUAUAUCCAUGAUAUUGGUUUAUGUGGCACCUUCACAUUAUCUCUUGACUUUAAAGAAGAGAUCCCGAUGUACAUGGUCCCUGUAAGUAUGAAUGAGUCUUCGGCCAUUGUUUUGGUUACAAAAAGGCAACUUCUUUUGGUGACAUUUUUAGAUAUUAUGUCUGGUCACCGAAUUUUGACAAGCGCUCUACUGCCGGAUUAUCCACUGGCAGUCCACCAAUCGCCGUAUAACAAAGACAGGAGUGUUUUUUACUUGACAACAAAAGAUAGCCAUCUAUACCGCGUUAAAGUCUCGGAAAUGAGAGGAUUUGAGCUAUUGUCUUUCAAGCAUUGGCCGGGAAGGGACCUCGGAAGCUCUUUUGUACUUCAGCCAUACGAUGAUGAGGGGCCAACAAGUGAUAUCAACUCAGACCGGCUACUUAUAACUUUUGGUGGUGAUCUAUGCUGUGGAGGGUCUAUGGUAUUUAACUCUGUUGGCAUGAUUUAUGAUGAUGGUGAACAGGCAGAUAUAGAGGAGGAGGGAGAUGUUGACAUUUAUGAUAACUGGGCACCAAUAUCGGAUUUUAAACCUAUUAAUAUACAGUCCACUAGCCGCGGAGACUCAUUGGAAUUGUUUGCAUGUACUGGAUUGCACCAUCAAGGCGCAAUUACACAAUUUCGACAUGGCAUCCGUGCUUCGGUAUUUCUGCAGGGCCCCAGUAUGACUGAAGCCCCUCAGCUAUAUUCUAUGCAAUCGCAUGAUGGCUUGGAAUCUUAUUUGAUCGUAUCGCUCCCGUGGAAGACCACAUUAUACCUCGUAGAGCAAAGUACAAUAGAUGAACAAAAUGGUCAAGAGGCUUACUUUCCACAAUUAAGUGAAGUCCCCAACAACUGUGGUAUUGAUUACAAGAACGAGACCAAGGCUAUCUCAUUUUUGCCUGAGACAAAAUUUGUCAUCCAAGUCACAUCUUCUCAAAUUCUUCUCACUGAUCUAAUGGGAUCUUCUAAAAGAUUUGAUGUGACAAGAGCCAGUUGUGCUGCUAUUUUCAAGAGUAUGGUUGCUGUUGCAUUUUACGACGAAGAUGCAUUAUCAAACAAAGUUGUUAUUUAUUCGAUAAACAGUGUGAACUAUGAAGAUGGAGACAACUGGAUUGAACGGAAAAGUGUAGUUCUGAUGUCACAUCCUGUAUCAUUUGUCAAGUUCACUGAAAGAAAGGACAAUGGUAUAAAUUUAUUUAUUGGCUCCUAUGAGCCCAGAAUCGAUGUAUAUCAUAUCGAUAACGACUGUGAUGCGAGGCUUGUGCUUGAGAUAAAAAACAUUUUUACAGACGAAGAAGAGGUUCCAAAUGACUUGCACCUACAAGAUAGAAUGCUAGAUAGGUUUAUAAUUGGUUUACGAAAUGGUUCCUAUAUCAACUGCGUUCUGGAAGACAUGACCAUGAGACUCGAGAGUAAGAAAAAGCUGGCGAACCUACCGAUUCAAUUUGUGAACAUUGACCACAAACCUGGUCCUAAUGUAUUUGUUCUCAGUAACGGGAGAUUAUCAUGCUUCGAUAAGAAAAAUUUUUUAGAAGCACCUCAAAAGGUAGUAGUUGAUAUCGACAAAGUGGCCGAUAUACGCAGUGCCUGCCAAUUUUAUUAUAAUAUGGAGGAUGGUAAGCAUCAAUUUGUCGCCGUGAUAAUGAACAAUCGGCUGACGAUCCUUGCGCUUGAUUUGUUUGCGACAGUUAUUCCGAAGCAAGUUCACCUUGGAGCGUCUCCUAGACGAAUGCUUUAUCUUGAACACAUUGGUGCACUUGCCGUGGUAGUUUCUCCGUCCAGUACUUCCAAAACUUCACUUUUGCGUUUUGUGGACCCUAAGCGAAUGGUCGAAAUCGAUUUUCGACUGUACGACGCGACAUCGCCAAGUUCUAAAACCUGCUUUCAAGCCAACGAAGUAAUUUACAGCUUAAAUGAAUGGUCACUGAAAAUUGACGGCAAUACUUAUAAAUUCCUCCUUUUGGGAUCAGGAAUCAAAGGGUUGCCGGAAGGAAAAUUUCGUAUUCUUCGGCUGUCACGAACGACCGAGGGGAUUAAAGCUACAAUACAGCAUUCUUGGAUAACUGCUGGUCAUGUAUACAGCGUUUCUCAAUUCGAGGCUUUGUAA